CAUCUACUCCGGCUCGCCUCCGCGGCUCCAUCUCCCGAGCAGAACUCGCGACGCCGGGCGGGGCGCAGUGGAUCGGGGGGAAUCUGAGAGCGCGGAGCGGAGCGCGGGUGGUGGAAGCGGCGAGUUGCGAGCUCUCGGAUUGAAUCGCCGGCGGCGGUGGCGGCGAUGGCCAACGAGAUCACAGCGGAGCGCCGGGCUCAUAGAAUAAUGCAGCACGACCGCGCCUGAUCCGUGCGCGACCCACCCACCCCACCUACUCCCCUCGGCUGGCUCUGUCCGGGCUCCUCCGCAUAACCGACCGCCACGUACCCGGGGUCCGCUCGCUCCUCGCAUCGCCUGCCUCUCCUCCUCCUUCUUCCUCGUUUGUCUCGCCGUGUCAUCGUCUACCGCUCCUUUGCCGGACCCUUUUCUGCUCGCCAGCAUCGCCCAUCCGGUGGCUGCCAGGACUCGGCUCAAAGAGGCCUCGGGAUCUCAAGGCGUCCCUUCGCCGUGGGCGUGCGCCCUCCGCCCCCCCCCCCCCCCCCCCCCCCGAGGAUCCACGAUGGGCGUCUGGCGGCUGCCCCCGCUGCGCUGCCCGUGGCUGCCCCUCGCGGUGGCGGCCGCGGUGCUGCUGGUGCAGGACGCCAGCGCCGAGGUCGACGCGUCGACGGGGGGGAACAAGUCGAGGGUGUGCAACGGCACAAUGGAGUGCAGGAAGGGCCUGCUGCUGCCCGUGUGGUUGCCCAGCAAUCCGUCGACCGGUGACAAGAUCGCGAGGGCGGUGGUAUACUUCGUCGGGAUGAUCUACAUGUUCCUGGGCGUGUCCAUCAUCGCCGACCGCUUCAUGUCGUCCAUCGAGGUGAUCACGUCGCAGGAGAAGGAGAUCACCAUCAAGAAGCCGAGCGGCGAGACCAUCACUACGACGGUGCGCAUCUGGAACGAGACGGUGUCGAACCUGACCCUCAUGGCGCUGGGCUCGUCGGCGCCUGAGAUCCUGCUUUCCGUCAUCGAGGUGUGUGGGCACCAGUUCAAGGCGGGCGAACUGGGGCCCAGCACCAUCGUGGGCAGCGCGGCCUUCAACAUGUUCGUCAUCAUCGCCAUCUGCGUGUACGUGGUGCCCGACGGCGAGACGCGCAAGAUCAAGCACCUGCGCGUGUUCUUCGUGACGGCCACGUGGAGCAUCUUCGCGUACAUCUGGCUCUACCUGAUCCUGGCCGUGAUCACUCCGGGCAUCGUGGACAUCUGGGAGGGCCUCGUCACGCUCAUGUUCUUCCCGAUCUGCGUGGUGUUCGCCUGGGUGGCCGACCGGCGGCUGCUCUUCUACAAGUAUAUGUACAAGAAGUAUCGCAACAAGCGCGGCCUCAUCAUCGAGUCGGAGGGCGACCGCGUCAAGAGCUCCAUCGAGAUGGACGGCAAGAUCCUGAACUCGCACGGCGACGUGGCGGCCAUCGACAGCUCGCUGUCGGCGCUGGACGAGCGCGACGUGGAGGAGAGCCGCAAGGAGAUGAUCCAGAUCCUCAAGGAGCUCAAGCGCAAGCACCCGGACAAGGACAUGGAGCACCUGACGGAGAUGGCCAACUACCAGCUGCUGAGCCAGCAGCAGAAGAGCCGCGCCUUCUACCGCAUCCAGGCGACGCGCAUGAUGACGGGCGCCGGCAACAUCCUGAAGAAGCACGCGGCCGACCAGGCGCGCAAGGCGGCGAGCGUGCAGGAGGUGCGCAUCGACGCGGGCGACGGCGCGGGCGGCGGCGGCGACCUGCGCUGCCGCGUCUACUUCGAGCCGAGCUCCUACAAGUGCCUGGAGAACUGCGGCACAUGCGCGGUGACCGUGCAGCGCAGGGGCGGGGACCCGAGCGCGACGCUCUACGUGGACUACCGCACCGAGGACGGCUCGGCCAACGCGGGCUCCGACUACGAGUUCCAGGAGGGCACGGUGGUGUUCAAGCCGGGCGAGAUGGAGAAGGACAUCGCCAUCGGCAUCAUCGACGACGACAUCUUCGAGGAGGACGAGCACUUCUACGUGCGACUGAGCAACGUGCGCACUGCCAGCGAGGACGGCGGCGCCGGCGUCGGAGGCGCCAGCGGCGGUGGAAAGUUCGAGGCCAACCACAACAAUGCGGCGCCCAGGGCAUUGCUGUCCGAGCCGUCGGUUGCCACCGUGAUCAUCCUGGACGACGACCACGCCGGCGUGUUCCUCUUCGAGGAGUCGGUGACGCACGUGAGCGAGAGCGUGGGCAUCAUGGAGGUGCGGGUGGCGCGCAGCUCGGGCUCGCGCGGCACCGUCGUGGUGCCAUUCCGCACCGUCGAGGGCCUGGCCAAGGGCGGCGGGGAGGACUACGAGGACGCGAUCGGAGAGCUGCUGUUCCAGAACGACGAGAUCACGAAGACGAUCGAGAUCCGGGUCAUCGACGACGAGGAGUACGAGAAGAACAAGAACUUCUUCCUGGAGCUGGGCGAGCCACGCCUCAUGGACAUGAGCGAGAGGAAAGCCCUCCUGCUGCGCGAGCAAGACGGCCCCGAGGGCCUGCUGCUCACCAAAGAGGAGGAGGAGGCGCGGAGGAUUGCGGCGCUGGGGAAACCCAUGCUGGGGGAGCCGCACCGCCUCGAGGUCGUCAUCGAGGAGUCCUACGAGUUUAAGAGCACGGUGGACAAGCUGAUCAAGAAGACAAACUUGGCUCUGGUGGUGGGCACCAACUCGUGGCGGGAGCAGUUUGUAGAGGCCAUCACCGUCAGCGCAGGUGACGACGACGACGAGGAGGGGGCGGAGGAGCGCAUGCCUUCUUGCUGCGACUACAUCAUGCACUUCCUCACGGUCUUCUGGAAGGUGCUGUUCGCGUGCGUGCCGCCCACCGAGUACAUGAACGGCUGGGCCUGCUUCAUCGUCUCCAUCUGCGUCAUCGGCAUCCUCACCGCCGUCAUCGGUGACCUCGCCUCGCACUUUGGCUGCACCGUGGGGCUCAAGGACUCGGUGACCGCGGUCGUUUUUGUGGCGCUCGGCACCUCCGUGCCUGACACGUUCGCCAGCAAGGUGGCGGCCAUCCAGGACCAGUACGCAGACGCUUCGAUCGGCAACGUGACGGGCAGCAACGGCGUCAACGUGUUCCUGGGCAUCGGUCUGGCGUGGUCCGUGGCGGCCAUCUACUGGUGGACGCAGGGCGAGAAGUUCCGCGUCGAAGCGGGCACGCUCGCCUUCUCCGUCACGCUCUUCACCAUCUUUGCCUUCAUCACCGUCGCCGUGCUCAUGUACCGGCGCCAGCCCAGCAUCGGCGGGGAGCUGGGGGGCCCGCGUGGCUCCAAGCUGCUCACCAGCCUGCUCUUCUUCUCGCUGUGGCUCAUCUAUAUCAUCAUCUCGGGCCUCGAGGCCUACUGCCACAUCUCCGUCGUUUGAACAAAGCGGCGGCGGCGGCAGCGAAAAGUGAAACCGGCCCUUCUGACGACAGUAUUCCCCAUCACGACGCAACAGGGCUCUGACGAUCUGACGCCGGCGAGAGGCUUUUUACACGCAGGGACGCUCUACCAGGCUGCGACCGCUCGCAUGAACAGAGGGUGAAAAUGCGGACGAUGAGUUAACGGCUCGACGCUGAAACCACCGUCCGCAGCUGCAUGAACGACUGGACUGGAGCGUCCGAUGGAAGUGGCGGCCCCUGCGUGCGGGGGUUCCGGCGCCUUCCCGUCCGUCGCCCCCCUCGCGCCCAUCUGCAUGAGUAGCGCGUAUUGUUUUACGGGCAACCGACUCUUUUUCUAUGUUUUAUAUUUUUCUGAGUGCGGAGGUGGAGGGUGGGGAGGGUGAGGGGCGGGGUGGGGGGGGAGACGUGUUGGGGGUAAUAUAGGUGGCUCUGAAUGCUCGUCUCGUGUGUCCCGUAUGCUGCUGAAUUUCCAUCGUUUUACCCGAAACGGUUCUUGUAUAUUUUGAUUAAGGAAAAAGAAGAAAAAAAGGAAACACUGUAGAGGCAUUUAGUCAGUAAAUUAUUGCGAGUUCGAGAAGGCACCUGCAUGAAGACGCGGCAUGCCGUUAUGUAUUUAGCGCUGUCUCCCCGCGCGGCGUUCCUUCGCAUCUCGUUUUAAACACAAGCCUCGUCAAAGUCCAUCCCCGUUGCACUCCCACGUCCGAAUCUGACCGAUGUUCGCGUGUGACAAGGAUGUUGGCUGGGGGAUUGGGGGGGAGGCGGGGGGCACACUCCUCUUUAUUCGGCCCGGCCACCAGCCCCCCUUCUCAACUCUCAAUGGUUCCCACCUCCAUGCGUUGCCGUUUCAAAUAGUGAGACGUAGCAAAGUUUGCAGGCCAUGUAACUGCCCCAGGGCUCAUAGGCUGGAGGGGCCCAAUUGCAGGGCUACAAACAUGGGGGGUAAAUUGGACUAGGUGGGUGGGGGGUGGGGGAGGAAGGGGGGAAGGGGGCGUUUAAUUCCUGAGCCCAUGCCACCAGGGAUUUAAAAUGCAUUUAUUUAUUUAACUACCCCUCUUCCGCCUCCCAGAAACCUGCUCCCCACACGUAGACCUCCCGAGGCUCGCACCCACGCAAGAGGAGGCUUUGUAGGGCGGGCUUCGUGCAUCGGGCACUUGACUACGCCAACGCCCAGCCGCGGGGGGGGGGGGGGGGAGCGGGUGGUGGCGAGAUGAGGCAGAGAGUCCAGUUCCCUGCAACGCGAGAGACAUAGUCGUGUCACGGCGUCUUGCAGCCAUGGAGCAAAUGUGUGGGAUGCAUCUCUACGAGGACUUUGUGUUUUAGCGCCCAGGCGGUCUGUUUGGAGGCCACGCGGAGACGGACCGUAGGUGACAGACGGGUUGCCAGGACAGAGAUCAUACGCGGCGUGCAUCGACCGAGAUGGCGGCACUUCAGAUGAAGAGAAGUGUUGGACAGAUGUGCGCUUUUAAUUGACACUGACAGGAAGAGGAGCACGUGGAUCGAAGAAUAUAUUAUGAAAUAGAGGCAUGAUAUUGACCGCUGAGGCGAGUAAGUGGGCUGGGGCUGGAUGCUUCACGAGAAGGGAUGAUGGGCGAUGGAUGAGACCCGUGUUUGAAUUACAGCCAAAGGAGAGAACGCACCACGCAGUGCUGGUGUCAAAAUGUUUGGGACAAAGUUAGGACCGAGCAGAUGGGAUAAAACAAGUAAAGCUAUUACUAAAGCAAAGUUUCACGAGUUUUGAAAAGUGGGCUUAAAGUCAAGGUGUUUUAGUUGAAAGUGGACCUACAUGCAAAGAAAGAUUACAAAAAAAAUAAAAAAAUAAAUUCCGGGAGGAGAGAACAUUCAUUCGCGAUGGGGAAAAAAUGUGGACAGGGCCACAAAAUGUUCCGACUUGGCAAUUCCACCACGGCAGAGAGUCGUCCUCGAUGCUCCGUCCCUGUGCGGACUCGUACAGUGGGCGAGACGAAGCGCCUGGCGCAGACACGAGGACGCCGACCCGUCCGUCCCGUUCCGUACCUCGCGCCAUGUCUCGUCGAGCGGCCCUUCCCCGGGAUGCCGCAGUACGGGAACUGCGCAUUCCACACACGGCAGAUUCAAGUCCGCCGCCACCCCUAUUCGUGGGUAGAGCCUCAGUGGUGGGAAGGGUCAGCAGGUGGACAUUCACCGGUGGUGGAACGUUGAGCCGCUGCGUCAUUGGCCCGAGCACUGAAUUACAUUUCUCAUCUACCACUUCAGGCCAGGGCUUAAUUUCUCACCGUAUAUUUUCCGGGUCGCUGGUAGACCAGGAAGAUGGCAUAUAUAUAUAUAUAUACUGGACGUGGUGUGCCGGAUGCAGAAAUAAUGAUCCAGGUUGCCGACCUGACCCGGACAGACCCGGCUACAAUUAAGCCCUGCAUGCAAGCGGUGUACACCUCUUGUUUUACCACAGCUUCAAAUCACCUGCUUAUUAGAUUUUUUUCCCUCGUUUUAAUUUUAGUUGGGAUUCCCCCCCCCCCCCCCCCCCAUUAAGUGCGGACGUUCCACAGACUAUUACGUGCGACGCGAACAAGGCCCGCUUACCACGCCAGCCGUGUAAGACCGACCAGCGGACGCCGGCGGUCAACGUGCGAUUAAAGAAGUUUUGGGGGGAUCAGCGCAGAUUCCCAGAUCCAAGAGUUCAGACGUCCACGAUCGCUGCGGGAGCGGAGUGGCUCCGCGGAGCGCGACGAGCAAACGUCGUCUGCACCUUGUGCCACCGCUCCGCCGUGCGAGGCUCGCGCGCUCUCGCGCACCGCCAACGGCAGCUCACUCACUCGCCAACUCGUUCGUUCAGAGGCAGUCCACCAAACGCGAGUCAGUUUAAACUUUGUGCAUUAUUUACACAUUGUCGUGAGCAUGAACAAUUCCCAUACGUGUGAGCGCGAGAGCCACCCUAAGAGACCAAUCCUCGUCACGUCCCGUAGGAAUGCACCAUGCAUGUGCGGGUCGACCCGUGUGGUGCUGGCGUGCGUGCGUGUGGGUCCGUGAGGACUGCAGUCCACUCGGCUGUGUGAUAUAAAAGCCAUGGGAGGGGGGCAUGUGCGUUACACGUGGGAGUGUGGGCGUUGGAAAUCAUUUUUCUCAGGGAUGUUACUUUAUUUAUGUUGUUGUUGCUGUUGUUGUGGCCACCACCGUUAUUGUUGUUGUUGUUGAUGUCUCUCGAGGUCUCUGCCAGCUCCCCCCCCCCAUCUCGUCCCGUUUGAUCCAUCGCGUCCCCACAUCCAUCGUCAGUGUCACUCGGGUCUGCGCGGGAGGGGGGGUGGGUGGGUUGGGGGGAGAAAAACAUGUAUUAAAUUAAUGAAUUAGAAAUAUAUAUUCAGUAUAUAUAAACAUACGUAUAUAUAUAUAUAAUAACAGAUACAUGUAUAUACGUACAUACCUAUAAAUACACGCGCACGUCUGAGCGUGGCCGCAGGACAACUACGACUGUCGCUGUGUGCGUGUGUUGGGGGUCGUGGGGGGCGGUCGUCGUCGUGGAUUUGACCCCCGACCCCAGACCCCCUUCCCGCCGCCGCCCCCCAGUGCGUGUCGAUACCUGGGACCGCGCGAGCGUUUGUCCUGUCUCUCGUCCGAGUGGAAAGCGUUGUCGUUUUUAAAAUAAUAACAAGAACUUUGAACGCAAAUCCCUCGACACAGCGGCGCCGCGGAACAGGGGAACGGCCUGCGUCCGGCGGCGAAGAAGCAUGUCUACCGAGGCGACCGAGUUUUCACUUUGUAUCGGAGCAUUUCCUGGGAGUCCACGUGUAUUAUUAUUAUUCUCUUAUUGACUGUUGUUGUUGUCGAAUUGUGUGAAAAUAAGCUCCUGGUUGCACAGACUGUAUUUAUUGGGUGUGUGAAUCUGUCACUGCUCGGCUUCCCAGGGUCAUUUGUCAGGGUGUGGAUUUUAAGGCAUUGCAGCUCUUCUUGACUCCCCCUGGAGCCGGGGUCCCCCGUUUGCCGCAGUAUUUCCCCUCGCUGGGUGUUUCCAACGAGGAGCAGGAUGAGGUGCACCACUGGUCAAGCGAGCGUUGAGUGAUUUAUCGAAAGAAUGGGAGCUUCCGCCCAGCGGUGUAGUGGUCGGCCACAACCGGACUUGCAAUUCAGAGGACAUAGGGUCGAAACAAUGGUGCAAGUUUCUAAAUCCACCACUCCCCCUCCAAACUCCUCUCCGCCUCUGCCCACCCAGCAGUAUAAAAGUGUUUCCCCACAGUUAGUCGAUCAGCCGGUCACGUGUGAUUUUCAUGGCUCUAUAUAUGUUAAAAACUAUAUACAGUGUGUUUUUGCUAAAACAUGGGCCCAGUUUCAAAGCAGUAUAUUUCACGAUGGCAACAUGUUACAAUUACACAGAAAGUUACAAACGGUUUAAUGAGUUAUCAAGGUUUACGAACCAUUUUAUAAAUGCUCUAUGUGACCGCCACCUGCUGUACGGACAACAUCGAGACGAUAGUUGAAUUCGUCCCAAACGCCUCUCAAAGUGUCUUCUUCCACUGAAGUCCCCGCUGCCGUGAUUCUGUUUUUGAGGUCAUCCAGAUUAGUGUCGGUACCAACGAGGAAUGCUCUUUGACAUUGGCAGAUCAAUGCCACAACGCCGGUGAAACACGCGCUGCACCGCAAUUACGGAUUCAGUCUUGCUGAACUUCAGAACGCAAAACGCCUUGUGUUGCGGGGUCGCCAUCUUGCGAAUGACUGAGGCUAGGGGCUGUUUGUGCGCUGGGAGAGGCAUCGAGCGGUGAUCAUUUGAAACUAUAUGCCCCGCCCUCUCUAUGCCCCGCCCUUUCAAGUGGUAAGAGUUUCAUUCAUGGGCGGUUCGUGGUUGCAGAGAAAUAGCGAUUUCAAAUCGGGUCCAUCUUUUUCAAACACCCUGUAUAUUCAAUGUAUUAAGGAUGUAUAAAUAUUUGUCUUGAUAUUGAGUGCGUUUUUUUCAAUUCAAGGUCCUGUCAAUAUGUUGUUCCGUCUGAUCGAUUUAGAUCCCCAAAGCCCUUUCUACACAGGCAAACUUCGCUUGUCGAUGCAAACGAGCCUACUCGGAACCCUAUCGAGUAACCUUUGCACUGCCGAUCGGCUUGCCCUGCCACGAUGUCAGUACCACGGUUGCCCAGAGGUUCCUGGAGGCCGGGUUAGAUGCCACAUGGGCGGGGGGGGGGGGGGCCUUAUUCCUUAGCAACAAAAGAAACAGGUCCCUUUUGGGGGUCCUGUUAAGUGGGCGAAUUACCCCCCCCCCACCCCCCUUCUUUCCCCUUCCCAACAGCGCUCCCCUCCGUAAACUCUGGGCGGCCCUCAUCGAGACUGAUUUCACAAGGCACCUAACAACGGCACCAGGGUGGAGUCGUCGGUCGCGUUGGGUUACAAUGCACGCGUGCCAUCUGCUCUCAGAUCACCCCCCCACUGCGUGGCACACUCGGUCUGCGACCGAGAACCCAGAUCUGCAGAAGGCACCAAACGAAGCAGAAACAAACAGAAAUUUCACCUUUUUUUGUACAGCGGAUUUGGAGGAAGAGGAGGAGGGAAGUAUUUAAAUCGACCGUGUGACAGGAAACGUUCAGAGUCUUCUGUUGGGCAAGCGGUUUUGAUCAGUGAAAAAAACCGCGACCACUCCAUUCAAUUACGUUCGCUCCCACGAGUCACGGUCCACACUUAGGGUUGUUUAAGGGCCACCGGUGAACCGGUAACCGUUUUCAUAAUCGGUCACCGGUUCCGGAAGGUCAUGAACCGCUAACCGUUGUCAUUGGAAUGUGGGUAAUGAAUGCACCGAUUUGGCACACGUGUGCGUACAAACAGCACCGCAGCCUAAGUCACCGCCUGGUGCAUUCGCCCUUCGUUUCUCCAGUUUUCAAGGUAAAGGUGCAGCCCCUGAAAUUGCUUUCUUCUGGCAAGAGGCUAUUUGGUCUACGACUCUACUCUCAACCGGUUGUCUUGGAAGAGAUGGCCGUACCCCCACACUUUACCCCACCGCACAUCCACUGCGGCGAACCCGUUUCUACUGCUGGAUGACGGGAGGUGGGCGGGUGGGUGGAGAUUUGAGAAACCCUGCACCAAUGGUUCGACUGCCGCGCCGAGAGAUAGAUUCGAACCGGCGACUUCUGGAUGGCAACUUCCAAUGUGCUGCUACCGACCGUUACAUCGCUAAAUGCACGGCAAAAUCGGUAACCGGUUUUAACCGGUUUUAACCGGUUUCUACCCCCCCCCCCUCCUCACAUGCGGUUACCGGUUAUGCAACAAAACAAAUUUUAACAACCCUAUUUUAAACCGAGCCCAGCGGUGCCACUCGCUGAUUUCUGUGCCACCAACUUAUUGGUAUAACUCUUAAGCAUAUGAGUACAAAUAUCGGUGGUCUCGCCGAAUUGAACAAUGGGAAGGCUGUGGUGAGUGGGGAAGGCUGUGGUGGGUGGGGAAGGCUGUGGUGGGU